AGUUUGUUUGCUGAAGUUUGCAAUUUUGGCCAGUGAGCGUGUCCUAUGACUGUGUUUGGAUCACAUGCUUUGUGAGAGGGUGUGUGACGUGUGUGUGUGUGUGUGUGUGUAUGACAGUCAUGUGACGUUUGAGCUGUAUUCAGUCAGUCAUCAGAUAGAUAAGAGUAGAACCCCCUCAGUCUCUCAACCCAUGCUAACCCGAACAUCCUUUUUUCUCAGUUUUCAUUCUCCAUUUCAGUUUCCCCAUCAUUCUGUUUUCUUUCUCAGUUUUUUUAAAUGGUGUUUGAUUUGAGGAACUGUUAGAUAUACUGUAGUAAGACGUGAUUUUUAGGAAAAGCGGAUGAGUGUACGCAUGCAUGCAGGCACACACACACACUGUGUAGUGGAUUACAUCUGAAGAUGAAGAUUAAGAGUCGCACGAAAACCACCUCGAGGUGGUUGUUCAUUCAUGAGGAUGCUUCAUGGAACAGUUGGGCAUCUGCUGAGUUUGAUCUAGCUCAGAUCAGGCUGAUAGUGUAUCAGGACUGCGAGAGAAGAGGACGACAGGUUCUGUUUGACUCUAAAGCAAUACAUAAACUGGACGCAUCUGAGCCGACGGCUGAUGAAACCAAAACUCCCCCUAACCGCAGCGGAGCUUGCCAUAUCGGCAGCCAAGCAAAUGAGAAAGACAAGCCUCCUACAUAUCAGUAUACCAGACCGGCUUCAGACGUGAACAUGCUUGGAGAGAUGAUGUUUGGCUCGGUUUCCAUGAGCUACAAAGGUUCAACUCUUAAAAUUCACCACAUUCGGUCUCCACCGCAACUGAUGGUCAGUAAGGUUUUUUCCACCCGGUUUGGAAGCAGCAGCACCUCUGGAAGUACAAACACGCUUCAAGACAGUUUUGAGUCGAUGAGCCAAACUUUUCCUAGUCACACCAGCAGCAGCAUAGGAGUACGCCAUGUACCUAGCGCUCCUUUGCUCUUCCUGGCUCGGAGUGCAUCUUUCUUUGCAGCCCACAGCAAUCCAGUGGACAUGCCGAGCAGAGGACACAGUGAGGACGGAGACAGUGGCAUCGCUCGCUCAGCAUCUCUGAGCAGUUUGCUGGCCACCCCGCAGCCUUCACCUGGCUCUUCCUUCAGCAGUGGCUGUGCCAGCAGCUACCAGCGCCGGUGGCUUCGCAGCCAGGCCACCAGUCUACAGCACGGCCCCAUGCCCCGCUGGAACGCAGAGGAAAUGUUCAACCUGUCUGAUGAGAGCUGCAGCUCCAACCCUGCCAUGAUCCGAAGGAAGAAGAUUGCCAUAAGCAUCAUCAUCAGCCUGCCAGAGAGAGAAGAGGAAAACCACAACUUUCAGGAGUUUUUCUUCUCCCACUUUCCUCUUUUUGAGUCUCAUAUGAACAAACUCAAGACUGCCAUCGAGAGGGCAAUGAUUGUGUGCAGAAGGAUAGCAGAGUCCAGUCAGCGAGUGCAGGUCUAUCUAUGCAGAGUGAUGGAAGCUCUUGGAGAAUUCAGGAUGACGGUGUGGAACCUGUACAUGGCUCCCCGCAUCAGCGAACCAGUCUGGCUGUCCAUGAUCUCCCAGAGUGCCGAGCGAAACCUACUGUGCCAGCGCUUCCUGAAGGAGAUGAGUUUGCUGAUGGAGCACGGAGUCAAGAGCCAGUUUCUGUCAGCUCUCCUUACUGCUGUUCUUACACAUCAUUUAGCCUGGGUGCCAACCGUCAUGCCCAGCAACCUGCCGCCAAUCAAACCUGCCUGCCAGAAACCCACUUCCCAAACGGUGGAUCUGCUGGCUAAAUCUCACCCGUACAACCCGCUGUGGGCUCAGUUAGGUGACCUGUAUGGUGCUUUGGGCUCUCCGGUGAGAGUGUGUCGAACGGUGGUCGUGGGCCGCAGAAGAGAGCUGGUACAGAGGGUCUUGUAUAUUCUCUCCUACUUCAUUCGCUGCUCGGACCUGCAGGAACAUGUGCAACCACAAGGACAGAAGGACAAUCCAGCCAAUCCCUGCACCUCUCCAACCACUGACCCCAACCCUGCCAAUGAGAGGAUCGGCGAAAAAACAUUUCCCCCUCCACCAGACCCAAUAAAGCCCAUUCCAGGCACCUUUAUGGAGCAAAAUGACGAGACACUUUCGACAGAUACAAACUCAACCAAUACACCCACCGGUCUGGAAGCGAACACGUUCAGGCCUGAAUGUACUGAAAUGGGACCGGAAUGUUUUGGAGAACACGUCGACUCUGUUGGAGGUGGAUUAGAGCAUAUUUUGGCCAAUCAGAGUCCUCUUCUGCAAAGGGUGCAGUUUCACAUUGGCAGCCCCAGAGAGGUGGAGAAUGUGGGACAGGCUGGGGGUCUGACUGGGAUGGGGUGUGGGGGGCGAGGGUUGGACAGGAAGUUGCAUCAAAGGCUUUUGACGGACAUACGGAGGAAUGAGAGUUCGGAUAGUGCUCUAGGUGACAGUGAUGAUGAGGAAACCUCAUCGAGAGAAAUGUACAUGGCUGCUGAGCAAACGGAGUACGAGUUGCCACUACCAAGUUCUCAGGUGGAGAGUCGAGCCAGUGUCAAUCAUUUUGGCCGUUCUCUGCUGGGCGGCUACUGUCCUCAGUACAUGCCCGACUUUGCUCUGCAUGGCAUCAGCUCAGAUCUCAGGCUAAAACAGUGCCUCAUGGCUGACCUGGAACACACUGUUCUUCAUCCAGCGCUGGAUGAACCGGUGGCCGAGGCUCUGUGUAUUGUGGCAGAUACAGAUCGACUGAGUGUUCAGGUGGUGACGAGUCAGAGGCAAAUGUGUGAAGGCGGACGGUUGGGCAGAGACGUGAUGGUGUCCAACCUCAUACACACACUCAUCACAUCAGUUCUGCAGCUGUAUGCGCUCAACAUCGCUGCUGAUUUUUGUGUGAUGCACCUGGAGGACCGGCUACAGGAGGUGUACUUUAAGAGUCGAUCCUUAGCAGAAUAUCUGAGAGGACAAACCAGGGUCCAUGUAAAAGAGCUGGGGCUUGCUCUGGGGAUUGAGUCCAGUGACAUUCCGUUGCUUGCAGCAGUGGCCAGCACACAUUCACCUUACGUGGCCCAGAUCCUUCUUUAAACGGACCAAGCAAGACUUAAUUUUAAGGACCAAUCAGAAUGUGUUCCUGUUCUGUAUGGACCAGCAAUGAUCUGAUCCCUAUCAGAUGACCACACCAAUCACAAUGCACUGUGCUCGACAACCAAUCAGAGCUCAUGUCCAGCCUUAAUCUACCAAUCAGAAUGCCUCGUAUGUCCAGCUUGACAGUGUUUUGUGUGUGUGUUCAUGUGUGAAUCUAUAGACUGAAUCCUGCACCACAUUAGGACAUUUGUUAAUGCCCUUUUUCAAUUUGAUCUCAUGUUCUAUUUAUAAGGGAAGUCAGCAGAUGUUAUAGAUGGAAAACUAAAUCUUGUUCAAAUGCACAAUAGUUUAGUUCUAGGAAGAGCAUGAGAAGCAUGUUUACACCAGGAGCCACAUUUUGUAGCAUUUGUGAGGUGCAGAAGGAUUUAUUCACUCAAAAUUUGAUUUUAAAAAUGCACUCCCCCUCAUGUCGUACCAAGUCUGCAGGAUUUUCCUCUUUUUGAAAGAUAUCCUGGACACUCUUAUCUAUAUAAUGAAAACGAAGGAUGAUAGGUGCUGCUGUAAAGGAUGAAGAAAAAAUUAAGAUAUCAUGGAAUGAGAUUUUUAAAGUCAAGAUCUUCUAAAGUCAAGACUUUGACAGUAAAUGUCAGUGAACUUUUGUUUUUGUUUUGUUAUCUAAAAUAAUCCCAAAGAUUUAGGACAACAUGAGAUAGAAUAUGAAUCAUUUUAAUGUUUGACAGAAAUAGUCCAACAGAAAUUAAAAGGAAGAAAUUAAAUUCCAUCCGACCAACUGGCACAAGCGUAGCUCUGAAAUCUUAAUCUACUUUAUUGAAGUUUUAUUUAAGAAAAUCAUCAAUUUGGUCCUGAAAGAAAGAUUUCACAAUGUCAGUUUUUGGAAUUUGGUUGAAUCAAUCAAUUUCCAUUGUUUCUAGCCCAGUGUGAUCUUAAGGUGUUUUUUAAAUCCCUAAUUUAAAUAUUAUUUAAUUAUUUUUAGGCAUUCUUUCUGAAUUUGUGUGUGUGCGUGUGUGUGUUGUAUGGAAUGAAAUUGUGUGCUUCAAUCUCAGAAAGAUGAGAGAAUGUUUACAUAAUUGAAGGAGAGGUAUAUUAAACUGUGUUACUGUUGAUUACUGGACAGUCCACAGAUUGUGGAUUGCAGUAUUAAUCUGGUGCUACUGUUUUAUUAAAGGCUUACAAAAGCACAUGCUCACUUUUAAGGCCUGUCCUUGCGAAUGCUUAAUAUUUCAAUGGUGUAUGGCAUUGUAAGUCAAACGUCACAGCAAUAGAACCCCAAGUUUGUGACAAGUUUUUGUUUAUUGUUCCACAUUACAAACCUAGAGAAAGAUGAUUAUUUUUGAUAUUUUUCACAGAAUACUCUACCUCAAGUGAGAGAUCUGAAAGUGACCUGAUUAGGUGAGUUAAGGGGAUUUGAUCAGUUAGUAUCACACAUCAAGAAUGCAGCGUGCUGAUGUCGUCAGAGCAUUUCAGUUUAAAACGAACGUCUUUUACAGGUGUGAACGUCCUUAGAGAAUUUCUGUACUGAAAAUAAAUGUAAAGGUGUCUCUUUUUUUAUACACACAUAUAAUGUUUGGUUAAGGUUGGAAUUUUGAACAUUAAAGUUUUGCCACUUUUAGAAGCCUCUUUUGAGGCUAACAGAUGUAAUCUUUUGUUUUCUUUUGGUCUGUUCUGUGCAUGGUGUUUACACUUUAGGUUGAAUGCGGUUGAGUAUUUUGUCUGUGACAAUAGGAUGUUGAUAAGAUCUAAACUAGUGAUGAAUAAACAAAUUGCC